CAAGUAAUCGAUGAUUCACUACCAAACAUAAACAGCUGCAGCUAAAAAUUGUUUUCUUACAUUAAUUACAUUAAUUGAAGUGUUAUUUGCAUAAAAAUGGGAUGUGAUGGUGGCACCAUACCAAAACGCGAUGAGCUUGUGCGAGUCAAGCAAAAGCCCGAGCAGAAAGACAAAGAUGCAGAGCGUGAAUUUCGCUGGCUGCACUGUGCGCUAACCCAGCAGCGUCUGCAGGAGCCAAUUGCCAUGUGCACCAUGGGCCGUUUAUACUCCAAGCAGAGUGUCAUCGAGCGUCUGCUGGAGAAAGAGAAAAUGCCAGAGACUUCGUCGCAUGUGCGCAGCAUGAAGGACAUUAAAACGCUGCAGUUGACACCGAAUCCUGCCUUCACCGAUGAGGACAAGACCGAAGGACUGCUGGACACUCGCCAUGCGCCCUACAUCUGCAAACUGAUUGGCCUAGAGAUGUCGGGCAAAUUUCGCUUUGUGGCACUUUGGAGCUGUGGCUGCGUGAUGUCGGAGCGUGCUCUAAAACAGAUCAAGGGCAGCUCGGCGAGCACUUGUCCGCUGUGUCAGCAGCCGUAUGGCGUGGAGGAUGUCAUAGUGCUUAAUGGCAACGAGGAAGAUUUGGAGAUGAUGAAGGUUAAGGCCGAGAUGCGUGCAGCUAAGCGCAAGUCAUCCAAAAAGGACAAAAAGAAGGAUAAGAAUACAGAAACCAGCGUCAAGACGGAGACGGUUGUGGAGGCAACUGAGACCGCUACCUGUUCCAGCAUCAAAAUAGAGAAACCCAAGGACGAAAAACCCUCGAGCAGCAACAGUAGUAAAGUGAAAGUCAUAGCGAAUCCCAAGCGUUUGGGCGCUGUGAAUGCGAUGCAAGAUCCGGAACUGAAGCGCCUAAAGACCGAUUUCAGCGUGGCCAAAGAUCCCAAGGCUAGCGAUGUAUACAAGUCACUCUUUACCAGUCACAAGACAGACAAGGAGCAGGAGCGCGCUCACUGGAUCACCUAUAAUCCCUUCUACAAUUAAUGUUCAUUAAAGAAAUGACUAUUUUGUUAUUUCUAAAACGAAAUUUACUUAUAGUAAAUAGAAAUAUUUCAUUCUUCAUUAAUUAAUUCAUGCUAUUUCCCAAUUGGCA